UCACAAGAGCAGCUUCUCUUUACUGAGCGUUUCUAUGUCCAGGACACCACUUGCUUCACACACUGCAAGGCAGGUUUUUUCCUCAUUUUACAGAUGAAGAAACUGAGGCUGAGAGUCAUUCAGAGACUUGUCCUAGUUCUACUGAGGCCUGAACUGCUUUCAAGAUGUCAGCUGCCUCUCAAGCCCUGUCUCCCUCUGCUUCCUGACAUCCACCUUGAACUCUAGCCCAACUGAACCACUCUCCUCCCCAGAGACACCUGGAUUUGUCCUCACAGGUGUGAGCUCCUGGGGUCAGAGACAGUGACAUCAACAUCUCUGUGUGUCAUCUGCUCCCAGCACAGGGCAAGACCUGGAGCAGGCCCUCUGCAAUGGCACUGGUCAGUUUGCCUUCAUGCAAGUCCUUUCUGUCUGGGUCUUACCUGAUAGAAACCCUUCCUAAAUAGUAGUCUGCUCAGGGGCAGGGACAGAGCCUUCAACUCUGCUCAUUUCAGCCUGCACUCAUAGAUACUGGUCCUGGGCCGUGGCCUGGGAGUAAAGAGGCAGACUCUGAGAUUAGUAAGUCCUUCAAGUGUGCCAGCCUGUACCUGCCUCAGGACCCUUGCACUGGCUGAUCCUUCUGCUUGGAUUUGCACGUGGCUGCCUUCUCAUCAUUUAGGACUCAUUUCACAAGUCAGCGCCUCAAAAGGACCCCACAUCCCUUAUAAUCUUUAUCCCAUUACCUUAUUUUAUUCUCUUCAUAGCAAUUAUGGUUAUCUGAAAUUCUUGUUUAUUUCCUUGUUUAUAUUAAUUUAGGGAGCUUGCAUUCUAGUGGGGUGAGACACAAUAAAUAUAUAAUGUUAGGUGAUGAUACAUGCUAUUUAUGGAAAAAAUCCCCACAAAAACAGGCUAAGAGAGUAGAGAUAGGGGAUCCUUGAGCAGGACCUGAAGGAAAUGAGGGAAUGAUCUAUGUGGAUGUCUGGGGCAAGAGCCUUUCAGAUAGAAGGAAUGGCAAAUGCAAAGGCCCUGAUUCAGGACCAUGCUUGGCCUGUUUGUGGAAUAGCAAGGAGGUUAUUGUGUGAAGGAGGUAUGGGGCAGGUAGUUAGAUUGCUCAGGGCUUUGUAGGCCUUGGUUAAGGACUUUAAUUUGAAAUCUGAGUGAAAUGGGUAGUCACUGUAGUGUUUGAGCAGAGAAAUAACAUGACCUACUUUUUAAAAGGAUCAUUCUGGCUGCUGGUGGACAAUAGGGCAUGGGGAACAAGGAUGGAAGCUCUCCCAAGGGUCACAGAUUUGUCCUGGUUUACCUGGGACUUUCCCUGUUUUCAGCAUCAAGUCCUACAUCCUGGAAACCUCCUCAGUCCUUGGCAAACUGGAAUGGUUGAUCACCUAACAGGGAGACCAAUAAUCCAAGCGAGAGAUGGUGGUGCUUCAAAUGAGGUGAUAGUGAUAAAAAAAGUCGUCAGAUUCUGGUGUGGGUCUCACUGUACUUUGGAUUCCUGGGGCUGUGUUCUGUGGUAACCGGUGGGUGCAUUCUCUUUCUGCACCGGAGGAAGAACUUGCGGCGGGAAAAGCAUGCCCAGGAGUGGGUAGAAGUGAUGAGAGCCGCCACAUUCACCUACAGCCCGCUGCUGUACUGGAUUAACAAGCGAAGGCGCUAUGGCAUGAACACAGCCAUCAACACAGGCCCUCCCCUUCCUGUCACCAAGACUGAGACUGAAGUCCAGAGUUCAGAUCCUCUGGGGCAGUUGGACAGCUCUGAGAGGAGUCAUGCUGCCCAAGAGAGAAGCCCCAAUGUGGAGGCCCCAGUCCCCCUGCAACCUGCAUUGCAGCCGGUCCCACAGCAGCCCCUACUUUCUCCAAUGCUGCGGCCCCACGCCAGCUCCUCACUCCCAAUUCCCAUCUUUCAGGAGGUGCCCUUGGCCGUCUCCCUGUGUAACCUACCCCCAAUGCUGAAUCACUCGGUCUCCUACCCUUUGGCCACCUAUCCUGAAAGGAAUGUCCACUUCCAUUCCCUCCCCACUCUGGCCCAUGGGGACCACUGCUUCAAUGCCAAGCCUUUUGCUUCAGAAUUGUAGCCUCCUCUCACUGAAGGUGGAAGCUGGAGGUAUUGGGGCAAAGCAGGAAAUGGAGCUAAACUCAGGGAGGCGGUAUUGACACA